AUGCUCACAUUACUCUCUUCAAAUUAUGUGGCCCACCCUACGACAAGCGCUGACUUAGCCAUUGCAUCGAUUGCUUUUGGAUGGACUCUUGGUUUUGGAUGGUUAACAGCAUGGACGGCAUAUAAGCAAACAAGACGAGUUCGACAACGUUAUGGAAUCACUCGAGUUCAUACUCCAUAUGUAGUAAUGAUAUGGUCUGAACUCGUCGUAUGUCUGGCAUUUGCAAUCAUAUGUUGGAUUCAUUUGUAUGAUGCUGAAAUUAUUCCCCCAAGUUUCGCAUUCUUCUUCUGCAUCCUCACUCUCUGGGCAUUACAAGUUCAAUUUCUCCUCCAGAUUAUAGUAAAUCGAAUCAGCAUUCUCUUCACCGUCAAAAGGAAAGCACUUCAUCUUAAAAUUGCCGUCGCAGUGAUCAUCACACUUAUCAAUAUUUCGGUUUAUUGCAUUUGGAUUCCGGCCAGACUACAAAUUUCACAAAGAUUUAUUCACAUCAAUGAUGUUUGGGAUCGAUGCGAGAAAAGUAUCUAUCUGUUGGUGGAUGCAUUAUUGAACUUCUAUUUUAUGAAAACGGUAUACAGCAAGCUUGUGGGCAAUGGCUUGCAAAAAUACAAGACCUUGAUUAAGUUUAAUGCUGUAUUGGUGGUUUUUUCCUUGAGUAUGGAUGCGUUAAUUAUCGGAAUGAUGAGUUUGGAAAAUUCUUUUGUAUACAUGCAAUUCCAUCCUCUCGCCUACAUCGUUAAACUCAACAUCGAAAUGUCCAUGGCCGAAUUAAUUGCCAAAGUAUCCGUUCUUCCCAACACUUAUCUACCAUCCAAGAAGCGCAUGGCCCUAAAGAUCGGCAUUCAAACCGAUAUUUCCAUUAACAUGAUGAUGCAGAUUAUAUGCAAACGUUGGAAGUUUGAUCAUGGACGGCCGGUGGUUUUCGUAGGAGAGGAUUACGAGAAUGAUAGUGAGAGGGAAGUGGUGAGGAAGAGGGGGGAGAGUGAUGUGAGGAUAAAAGGGGGUACUUGGCUAAGUGCCUAG